GCUGCAGAGGUUUUCAGCUGGAGAAGCCUCUGCCACGCCCGAUGGGAUCCUUCCCUCCACUCCAAAAUUAAGUAAAGGAAAGUGGUCCUCAAAGUGGCAGGGCCCCUUUUGAAAUCAAAGGAAGAACCAGAGAUUGCUUCCUUUACCACUGAUCUCCCCAUUCCAAAAAAAAGAAGUGUUGAUGAUCUCCUUGUUGGACAGGACUGAAAGUCUGUAGCCCAUUCGCUAAGAUGUUCUCAGAAGCCUUUUUAGCUCUUCUGCUCUACACAACUCUAAUUCCACUGCAUGCUCAAAACGAUGAUGAUGUGAUUGUUGGAGCAUCUUCCUGUGCAGAUAAACCUGACUGUCCCAUCAGAGUGUACUUUGUGAUUGACACAUCUGAGAGCAUCGCCCUGCAGACUGUGCCCAUCCAGAGCCUUGUGGACCACAUCAAACGCUUUAUCCCUGAAUUCAUCACUAGGUUGGAAAAUGAGAUGUACCAGAACCAGGUGUCCAUCACUUGGCAAUUUGCAGGACUUCAUUUUUCAGAUGUUGUCAUUUUCUACAGCGAUUUCACUAACAGCAAAGAAAUAUACCUUGAUAAGUUGAAGAACAUUCAGUAUAUCGGGCGGGGCACUUUCACGGACUGUGCUCUCUCCAACAUGACUGCACAGAUACUUGCCAAUACAGCCCCAGGGGUGACUAACUAUGCAGUUGUGAUCACUGAUGGCCAUGUCACAGGGAGCCCCUGUGGGGGAAUGAAGCUGCAAGCUGAACGCGCACGAGAUGCAGGGAUCAAGCUCUUUGCUGUGGCCCCCAGCCAGAACAUCUAUGAACAGGGGCUCCGAGAAAUUGCCAAUUCUCCUCAUGAACUUUAUCGUAACAACUAUGCUACCACAAAAAAAGAUACCAUCGAAGUAGAUACUGACACCAUUGAUAGGAUCAUCCAAGUUAUGAAACAUGAAGCCUAUGGAGAGUGCUACAAAAUGAGCUGCCUAGAAAUUGAAGGUCCACCUGGCCCAAAAGGUUUUCGGGGACAAAAGGGUGCGAAGGGUAACAUGGGCGCUCCGGGAGUUCCUGGUCUUAAAGGACGACAGGGUGACCCAGGAAUUGAAGGUCCGAUUGGAUAUCCUGGUCCCAAGGGUAUCCGUGGACUAAAAGGAGAAAAGGGAGAGUUUGGAGGAGAUGGACGAAAGGGGUCUGGUGGCUUUGCUGGAAGGAAUGGCACUGAUGGACAAAAGGGCAAACUGGGACGUAUUGGACCUCCUGGCUGCAAAGGAGACCCAGGCGACAGGGGUUCUGAUGGUUAUGCUGGUGGUGCUGGAGAUCAAGGACUACCUGGAGAUGAAGGGAUAAAGGGUGAUUCUGGCCGGCCUGGCCGCAAUGGACAACCUGGGCCACCUGGAGAAAAAGGAAACAGGGGACCUAAAGGCAGUAAUGGAUCACCUGGCAGCCCUGGUAUCAAGGGGGGCAAAGGCGGCCCUGGAUCUCCUGGACCCAAAGGAGAACCUGGUCGCCGAGGUGAUCCUGGAGCAAAAGGACCCCCUGGAACUGUUGGAACUAAUGGAGAACAGGGAGAUCCUGGUCCUGAGGGACAAAGAGGACUACCUGGCGAAGUUGGAAACAAAGGAGGAAGGGGAGAUCGAGGAUUGCCUGGUCCACGUGGUCCUCAGGGUGGUGUAGGAGAACCAGGCAAGCCUGGCUCACGGGGUGAUGCUGGUGAUGCAGGUGUAAGGGGUGACCCAGGUGCUGCAGGACCAAAGGGAGACAGAGGACGACCUGGUUUCAACUAUCCUGGCCCCAGAGGACUCCCGGGUGAUAAGGGUGAGAAGGGAAUUCCAGGACCAGAGGGUGCAAGAGGUGACUUUGGACCAAAAGGCCCUCCAGGAACAAAAGGAGAAAGAGGUGAACCUGCUGAUCCUGGCCCACCAGGUGAGCCUGGACCCAGAGGACUUCCUGGUGAACCAGGCAGUGAGGGUGGUCCUGGACCCGCUGGAGACCCUGGGCUAACUGACUGUGAUGUGAUGACCUAUGUCAGAGAGACCUGUGGCUGUUGUGUCUUGGCAGGGGCCCGUGUUGGAGUGGUACAGUACAGCCACGAGGGGACAUUUGAAGCCAUCCAGCUGAACGACAAGCGAAUUGACUCCCUCUCCAGUUUCAAAGAGGCAGUGAAGAAGUUGGAAUGGAUUGCAGGAGGCACCUGGACCCUUUCUGCCCUCCAGUUUGCCUACAACACACUCAUCAAAGAAAGCCGGAGAGAGAAAGCACGAGUGUUUGCUGUGGUGGUAACUGAUGGUCGCCAUGAUCCUCGUGACAAUGACUCCCACUUGCAGGCACUCUGUGGGGGAGACGUCAUUGUCACUGCCAUUGGCAUUGGAGACAUGUUCAAUGCAAAAGAGGAAGAUGAGACCCUGCGGUCAAUCGCCUGCAACGACAACCAGCGUGUUCAGAAAAUGAAAUUGUUCACAGAGUUGGUGGCUGAAGAGUUCAUUGACAGCAUGGAGCAUGAACUCUGUCCAGAUCCUCAAAUUGUCUGCCCUGAGCUACCCUGCCAAACAGAGCUUGCUGUUGCUCAGUGCACACAGCGUCCUGUUGAUGUUGUCUUCUUUCUGGAUGGCUCUGAGAGAAUUGGUGAACAGAACUUCCACAAAGCCCAUCAUUUUGUAGAAGAUGUGGCCCGACAUCUCACACUGGCCAGAAAUGACAGUGACAACAUGAAUGCACGCAUUGGUCUCCUACAGUAUGGAAGUGAAAACGAACACUCAGUCGCUUUCCCACUGACACACAAUCUCACACGCAUCUCAGAUGCCUUAGCUCAGAUGAAGUACUUGGACUCCUCUUCCAACCUUGGGUCUGGCAUCAUCUAUGCUGUCAACAACCUUGUCAUCAACCCAAGAAACAGGCAGAGGGCAGCCCGGCCCAAUGCCGAGCUUUCAUUUGUCUUCAUCACAGAUGGUGUUACAGGCAGCAGAAACCUGUCUGAGGCUAUUAACUCCAUGAAGAAGCAGAAUGUUAUGCCCACUGUGGUAGCCUUAGGUAGUGAUGUGGACAUGGAUGUCCUACAGAAGAUUAGCCUAGGAGACCAGUCCGCCAUUUUCCGAGAGAAAGACUACGCCAGCCUCUCCCAGCCUGGUUUCUUUGACAGAUUCAUUAGGUGGAUCUGUUAGUUUCAGGGAAGUACCAUAGAUAGUUUGUACCAAAGUUAGUGCCAGGGAAGACACCAAAGAUAUUAAUGGCCUUAAAAUUUUGUAUGGUUUUUUUUAAAGCAAAUAUAAGUUACCUAAGGGUAGCUGCCACAGAUCUGCAAGGGGUUUAUUUUUAUAGCCAAAAUGUCAUAGGCUUGUUUUAAAUGUUGUGACAAAUUCAUGCUUAUGGUGCUAAUUAAAAAACAAGGUGGAGUAAGGAUCCAGGGCUACACAGUGUGGUUUUGUCAUUUCAAAAAAACAUUCUUUAAAAUUUCUAUUUGUACUGUAAUCCUGUAGGUGCUAGAGAAACAACAAAGCACUCACACAGAGCACAACAACCAAUCAUCUCCAACUGCCCCAGGGGUUCAAACAAACAGACCCCUCUCAUUUUCCAGCCACCUGUUUCUGGAACCAGAGUCCUUUUUUGGGGAGUCAGGGCUAAUUUCAUUUCCACCCCAAACGCUGUACCAAGCGUUACUUGCUUCCUUCCUUCCGAAGAAGGAACAUACUUCCCGUGUUCUCUAAGUAGCUUUGUUGGACCUCCUCUUUUCUGCAGCUGAAAACAAUUAACAGGAAUUUUUGCUAAGAGGACCAUGUCCUGAGCUUUUGACCCACUCUGUUAGUGGAUGAAUACUUGGACUUCUUGCCUUGCUUCCAUACUGCAACAACAAACAGAUUCUUUGAUUGCAUGCCACUAGAUGACAGCCAAGAGCCCAGAAAAGGAGGAUUUUUUCCUGUGCUGAAGAGAUGUGGCAUGCAGUUACCUUCUGCUGAGACCAUACUGCUUCCAAUGCAAGUGGCAAUCAUUUUUUCAAUUGGUAAUUGGGGGUGAGUUGAUUUGCUUUCUGGUUUCCCUUGCCAAAAUAUGAGAUGCCAUGUCACCAUGCCAUCUGAUGCCCUUGUUUUGCAAAUGCCCCCCUUCAGAAAAACAAGCUAGCCUAAAAGCAGCUCUGGUUGCUUUGCCUCAGACUCUUCAUUGCCUUCUUCCCACAUGUGCAGCACUUUGGCCUGGCCUGGGCUACAGACAGACAUUUUCCUUUGGGGCUUUUCCUAUUCGCUGCAACGGUUUUCCCAUGUAUCCCACCUUCCCAUAAAAAGCAUUCUUCUCUCUUACUUUCAAUUGCUACUAACAUCCUUUCUCUUGCAUUGAUCACAGAAUGUGCCUCCUUCUCUGAGGCAGUAGUGUGAACUGUCAAACCGCUAUGAUGCAAGAAGUCAUGUCGAUUAAUGUGCAACCAAACUGCAACUUCAGUGUAUUCUUGGACUUGCUUUUUUUGGGAACAACAUCUUUACUUGAGCCAGAAUUGCACUCAUGGUAAAUAAAAAUUUUCACACUACCUUAAAA